AUGUGCCAGUACUCGUUCAUCCACUACCACCACCAGCACCCCUGCAUGCACCCGUCCAGCCUCGUCCCCCGAUACUCGUAUUGCCCUGCCGCCGCCAUCAACCCGGCCACCAACCAAUACUCGCCUUGUCCUGCCACCACCGUCUUUGCGUCUCCCGAGGCCACAGGCGAGAACCCGUGCGCGCGGGGAACUUGCCUCAUCUCGCCGGCCUGCAGCUCGGGGACGUGCCGGUUGCAGGAUCUCAACGGGAGAUGGGUGUGCUGCAAGUGUAAGCGCGGGGGAAACAUUUACCGGUCUUGCCAUCAUCGGAAGAAGGGGUGUCCUGAUACGUUUUGCUAUCAUGAUAUUUGUGAGAAUUGUACGCCUGAUAUGUGA